AAAGCUGUUCGAUUUGCGACAGCUGAAGGACGCAGAUUUUGGAAUUUCGCGUUAAAAUUGUUUGUCAUGAGCUCGGUGAGACGAGCACUAUUCAAAGAGGGCUCAAAUUCUUGGGUUGCGGAAACAAUUGAUGAAAAGCAAAGCAUCGACGAGGUCGAGAACAACUCGGCAGAAAUUGUCGAAUACACCGUUGUGUGCGAAGGAGACGUCACGUUUAAAACACAACUACUGGAAAAUCAACGAGGGCUUAAAACUCCGCAAGAAAAGCUGCUUCAACGAGGAACUUCGUCGUUUUAUGAGAAGGUAAAUUAUAAAGAUGGCGUUGUAUAUUUACUCUAUGAAAAAUAUGGGGAAAAAAAAUGUGUCUUACAUGUAAUACUUUGUACACGUAUCUCCUUCAUACGUGUUCUGAUUUUAAAACUAGCCAUCUUUAAGUCCUUUUUUGCGUUUCCAAGCGAAAUGUUCAAAUUCAAGUUGAGAUUUUUGAUUGUUAGUUCGUCAGUGAUUGAGUGAACGCAAAUGUUCACUGCACUUGCACUAGCUUUCACAAUGUUUCUCUAGUUUUAAUUAAGCUUUUGCUUCAAGCUUUUUCCCGGUGUUUGUUAUAAAUGGCUCUUUCAGGAUCUUAACAAGAAAAUUCUGAUUGUCCACGAGGGCAACGGCGGGAAACUUUGUCAAACAUGGACGGAACUAAAACGACUCGAAGAUGUACGGAUAGAGAGUUGCUGUUGUACAGAUUUGAGUGCAGUAUGUACAAAAGAGACCUUCCUGCUCAUUUUCCUGGAGAUGUCUUCUGUAUCUGGCCAUGCUCAGAAACUUUGCUCUACGGUAAGGUGAGUGCCAUCGUUAAGUUAAUAUUACUACUGUCUUUCUCUGAAAUUUAGAAUUCGACAUGUUAGCAUUCAGUGCUAUUAAAUUUGGGCAGUUGUAUGUUUUGUCUUCCUGUUGUAAUAAGUUGUUAUUGUUGCUCAGUGUUAAAAGAGGGGAGGGGGAUAGAAAGAGUUGAUUUAAAAAAAUCCUUUCCAGUAAAAGAACCAGUGCCGACGAGUUUGUGAAAUUUCUAUUUAAACGUGAUCCAAACUAAAUGAUAUGUCUUGAAUAAGUCUAUGCAUCUGCGAAGUUUCGUGAUUGUUUCUUUUUGUUCAUUCUCUCUUGAUUUCAGAUAUCUAUAAUAAGACAAUGCAACCUUAUUAACAAUAGGGAGAAGAAUCACGUUUAGGGCGAACUGGCCAACGUGAACUUGCACCCGGCACGUGAUCAAGUUUUCCCUUUAAUUUUCUCUUUUUUGUCUCCAGUCUUCAUGAUAUCUAGACAAAAUAAGUUGUUUCAUAUCGUCCAUCAUCAAUAAGAAUUAUUUUGGACAGUUUUCAUCAGCUCAAUUCCUGACUUGAGAAAUUGCAAGCUUGUGUCUCGACGUUAUCGUUUGCCAUAAAUAUGUACAUUGUAGUGUACUGUUUCUGGUUUGUUAAUACUUGCAACAAAGUAAAGGGAGUUUGUUAAGAAUGUCAAGCAUUAAGGUUACUUUGAUUUAAGCCUAAAAUUACUGCUUGCAGGUACAAUCCUAAUUCCCUGAACCGCUCUGUUGCCAUAAUUGGAGUUGUGGAAGAGGAAAGUAAAGGUAUGUAACAGGGGCAGAUCCAGGAUUUUUUUAGGAGGGGGUGCACUCGUCUCUUGCUCUACUUCAACACCAAUAAACCACAUAAUUUUUUUUUGCAGGAUACCAGUUGUAUUAGAAAACCGCAGGUCAUCUCAAGGGGGGGCGCACCCCCUGCACCCUCCCCCUAGAUCCUUCCCUGUGUAAACAGAUGAUUUUCAGUUAAAAUUUUUCGUUUAAGAUAUAAGCAAGCUUUUUAGCGAUCCAGUAUACCCUCUAGGUGGAUGUCUUGUGGAUCAUCUGCACAGUAACUGAUGACUCUAUCAUGAAAUUAAUGAAGUGUUUAAUUUUUAAAAAAAUAUAUUUGUUAUAGAGGACUUCAGUGCCCAUGGUAUAAAUGAUUUUAUACACUUGCCAGUCACAGAUGAAAAAAUGAAUCAAGUUCUGUUGAAGUGGGCUGGACAGAAGCUAAGUGAAGGUAAAUGUUAGUCUUAGAAACAUACUGUGCAUCACUACAAUGGGAUUUUUGCAGCUUUUUUUACCCACAAUCUGCAAAAACAGUUUUAACAAAAAUGCUAUUGCAAAAUUUACUCCAGUGUUGAAAUUAUUAUUAAAUAUUGAUUGUGGAACAGAAAGAGAUCUAAAAGAUGAGACUUGAAAUACUAUCAGAAAUCAGAACAAUGAACAGCACAAGCCCAAGGUGCAAAUGCAAUCAAUGACUUUAAAAUGGCACUGCGGUAAUUACUACUCAAACUCCCGUGAAUGACCACCAAAAAGUGAAGAUUUAGUUUUUACUUACAGAAGGUGGUUGCUUAGGAGAAUCAAACCAAAGGGUUCCCUUCCUAGAAGAGGUCCGAACACAUCUACUGUUCAGAAAAGAAUUUAUGGCAUGCAAUUUCUAAGUAACAAAUUAUGUGUGUAGUUUCAUGUCGUACCUAAAAGUACUUUGCAUUCUCUUAGUAGUGUAGUACUGGCAACGAACAUACAUAUAUGUAGAGAUCAAACCAUGACUUAAGUGGUCCCUUACAGAGGAUAAAAACUGUUGAAAUUCUAUAGCCACCAUCCAAAAAAGUAAGUGGUUGCAGUCACUUAUGAGAGGUGGUCAGUCACCAGAGGGUCCAGCUGUAGUGAUUUGACUGGGAUAUUUUUAAUGUUUUGGAUAGGUGGUUCCUUAUAGGUGGUCUCCUAGUAGAGGUAAUCUCACAUGGAGGUUGAACUUUAUUUCAUAAAAACCAAAAACAAUAUUCCCCAAACAGUCAAUUUUAACAACUUCCAUGGGAUGGGGAUUGUGGUAGAGAUCAAGCGACAAGUUUGUUUUAUAUUAUUAAUUUUGGCAAAUAUUUCUAGGUAUGCCCCCAACUCCAGAGAGUCCUGAAGAAAGGAUUCCCUUAACUACAGGAUCAAAAGUCUUAGAGAAAAUCAAUGGGAACAAAGGAGUAUCGUCAUCACUUGUCAGUUACAGUAACAACAGUAAUAUAUCACCUUCUGUUCAGUAAGUGACUUACCAUGACGAUGCAAAUCAUUAUAAUUUUCUUUUCAACUUUUCCCUCGUAAAGCUUGUCUAAAUAUUUGUGUAUUUUGUUCAAACACUGGAGAAAGCUGAUAGCAAAUUGAUAAUUAAAGAGGAGGGCUUUUGCAUUGUUGCAAGCAACAAAAAAAUGGGAAAACUGCAGAAUUGCAUAAGGCUUAUAGUUAACAUGUACCACAAUUUCAGAAAAUAUGUAUACGGUCAAUUCUUGCCUUGGGGUCUUACUAUUAGGCCUAGGGACACCCCAGUUAAUAAAAUGGACAGGUCAACUAAACCCCCUGGAAAAAUAUAUUGACUGCAAUAGACUCGUAUUAUAAUGGACUCUCCCUGUUAAGGCCACUACUGGUCAGUUGUGGUGGAUAAAAUAGUUGUAGGAAAGUCUGAGGGAAAGAGGGUCUCUAAACUCUCACAGAAGUAAGAAGAGAAAAGUUAAGAGGGUCACCCUCCCAGCUGAGUCAACUUUAGCAAGCAUUUAUAUGGAAAAAAAGUUGACCCCUUUGCCUGAGGUAAGAGAUGAUUUAUACAGGGCUUGACGAGUUAAACCGGGUGGGUGAGCCAAAGUGUUUUUAACGGAGAAAAGUUGACCCAGCUACAAGUGUGAUCUACCAUAAAAAAUGGGUGACCCAGCAAAGGGUGUCACCCUUCUUUGUAGUUCUAGCCCAGCCUAAAGGAAAAGGAAAAGUUGGCUUGACCAGGGUAACCAGGGUGGGUGGGUGAAACUUCUACCAGGGACACAUAAAUGGGGCCUGACCAGUGGGGAGUGUCUAGAGUCUCAUUUUUGGUGUUGAAGUUUGGCUUCAUUGGUGUCAAACUGCAUCUUUUUUCUCACGUUUCUACCACCUCCUCUAGACAUGACAUAAUAUAUUUUUCUAAUUAUUUUUGUGCAGACAAAGCUGUGACAGAAUUUCCCACGCAGGUAGUUGUACAUCAACAACAGAGUCCUUGAUCAAACAACCACAACUGCAUGUCAGCCAGCCAGUGUCCCACAAUCAGCAACCCUUUCCGAGUGUUAUACAGCAUGUCUCAAACAGUGGAAAUAGAAUAAUUCAUAACAGAGGCUUUGCUGACCACACACACAACCAUGGUGGGUUGCACCAACCCAACAGCCAAGUCGUUUCAAGCUUCACAGCACCACAACACUUUGUGCAUAGUGUAAAUCCUUACCAGGAUCAUCCACCAUCUUCACUGUUUCUGUCCAGAUCAGCACCAGAACAUGUUCCUGUGCAAAGUGGAGUGGUUCCUGGACACGUUGCGGGCAUGGUCAAACAUGUUUAUCCCAGAGAGCACUGCAGUCAAAGCUAUGUUUAUCACCAAAGUCAACAAUCUGAACCAAACAGACAAAGCCCCAUUUCCAAUUUUCGCCCUGUCAAUACACCCUCGCUUUACCCUAGCACUUCCUCCUCAAACACUGGAGGACUUGGUUCAACCCAUGCAACAUCGUCAAAGGCUGAGCCUGAACAGCAUUCAGCAUCAAAUAAAACAUCAGCUGAUUGCAGCAGUGUUAAAGUGGUGGGCAGUCCUGCUUACAUGAUAAGUGGUCCAUUGGGAAGCAAAGAUAUGAAGAUCACCCUGCUACAUGAUGACCUAUCUAAACACAGCUCCAAAGAAAGAAUAAGAAGGUGAAGACAAUAAUAAAUAUAUUCAUGGUUACAUAACUGUUAAUCAAACUAUUUUCAGUAUCAAUAAAGCUAGAUCAACAAUUCACAUAGAUCUUAACAAGCCACUAGUCAAUAACAAUUGCUGCCACUGGGAUAUUCAAUUAACACUACAUUAAGUUAAACUUUGUGAAAUGCACUGUAUAUGCACAAGCUGUAUUUGUGUCAAUCACAUGAAAGCAAUUGGCUCCUAAGUUGAAGAGUUUCAUGUUUAGUUGGCUCGUGUUUUGCUCACACUAUUUAUUGCAUAGAGGUAGGGAUGUUUAGCAGAAAAGUCUGCCUCUGGGCUCCUUGGUUUUAAUAAACUGUUAAAUUCACUUCCUUCAAUACCACGGUCAUUCAGUAAACCCAUUUAGUAAAAGAAAAGUUGCUCUUUUCCAGAGAACGCAUCAAGGACAGCUGUGAUCAGUUGCGGUUUUUGUUACCAAGUGUAGCUGGGAAAAAAUCGGACAUGGCAUCCGUAAGUGAAGUGAAAUACUAAUAAAACUAUAAUUUUAAUUCUUCUUGAAGAUUGUAUUUAUUGUGUGCCUUGCAAGCUAAAAUGCAUACCAAUUCCAUGUAGCUCACUGUUUCCUCUUUCAUCAGUCCAUACACAUGAUUCAAGAAGUCAUGAUUAUGUCCCGUAUUAAUAAUAUUAAAUAGGACGUUAUGCCCACUGAUCCAAUGGCUAUUGAGGUAGUAAAUAAUAGAUCAUUUAAACACUAACUUAAUUCUUAUUACCGGUAUUACUGUGAUUCACUAUCAUUAACUCUGACAUCUAUAAACAGUAAAAAACAUUAAUUUUGUAGCCUGUAUUGCAGAUGUAAUUUAACCUCAGUGAGAAACAUCUGUGACGCAGGACUAAGAUACUUUUCCUGGUCCCCCAACAGCCUCAACAAAUUACAGGAAGUGCAUUUUGAAUUUCCAUCCAUCUUGACUGGUAAAUCGACAAUGGCUUUUUUAACGGGCCAAUCAUGGCGCGGACUCAAAUCCUAGAACACAGAUGGGGGCCGAAACAAGGAUUUCGGUGCUGUUUUGCAGACGGACUUUACCAGAGUUUAGUUUCGUCUACAGUUGUAUGGCACAGGCUAUAACAUUUGGAGCUCUCAAACAGCUGUUUUGACAACAUUCUAUUUGAACUUUCCACUGACAAAAGCCAUUGACAUGAGCAGCCAGCUCAAGACUAAAUUACAAUUUUUCGGCCUCCCAUGGAUGAUAAAUUAAGGAUGCGUUGACUAUAAUAAUUAAUUGUAGUACCAGCUAGUGAGUAGCAGAAAAAUGUUACUGUCCAAGAUCCAAUAAUUAUUUUUGACCUCUAACUAUGUUCAUUUGUUUUCAAUAUGCAUCACUGUACCAGGUACUUGAACUGACAGUUAAGUAUGUACAGAUGGUGAAAGAGAGGAUGCCACCUUCUGUGCUUCAAGAGGUAUGCUUUAUUUUUCAAGUGCUUCCAAGGAUUUUCCUCUUUGCGAUGUGAUAGAAGUAGAGCCCUUCAUUGAACAUGUACAUGGCAUAACCUAACAUACUGUAACAGGUACAAUCUAAAUUAACCUUACAAUAUAUGUUAAGAGCUCAGUAAAUAAUCUGCAUGCCCACACACACACUUGUAAAAAAAAAAAACAUACAUACAUACAUGCACAGGGCUCUGAGGUUUCUCUAGCCUGUUCCAAGAGCCUAAGUGGUGGGGAAAGCAGAUCAAGAAAAGUUGUGUGAUAACCACAUGGGGGUUGGGGAGACAUUUUGACACAAGAAACAUUUCUUCAGGAAGUGGGUGUGGAAGUGGGUAGUUUGAGGUAUUCUAAAAGAUGCUUACGGGCUCUCCCCUUCUUGCUUCCCGCAGUUUUUCGCUCUUUUGCUAUUUCACUGCUCUCUUGCAUCUUUGCUUGUCCGGACUGACCGACAGCCUCGCACAGGCUAAGGUUUCUCUGGAGUAUUUUUUUUCAAAUAUUGAUGUUACAAACAUGCUAUGUGUUUUUGUCUUCAGAUUUCAGAGAAUAUCAUUGAUACAACAACAGUUCUUCCCAGGAAGCGGGCAAACAGAGAUGUAGGAGUUGCUACAAAACAGGGCAGGCCAAGGUACAGCAAGAAGAACAGCUCUUGAUUAAUAUUCUAAACCAGUUAUUGCUGUUUUCGCAAUAUCUCAUUCAAAUAAAAAGAAUCUUUGUUUAGUGCAUUAUUUAUUAUUCUACAAAAAACCCUUUAUGCUCCAACAUCCACACACAAAUUCUCCACACUGAUCUCCAUACAGAGCUCUAAAGAAUUUGUUGAAAGAAUUUGAAAAAAGAUCAAAGCAUUUUCCCUUGGUGAUCAUUUCAUUAAUACUCGUAACGUUUUCUCUGGAUGAUGUAUUGGUAUUGUUAGAAGAAAAUUAAUGUUCUUCACUGUUGUAACUGCAGACUCACACCUGCUUCAAGUGUUCAUGAAGGAGCACCAAGACUACCUCAUUCCCUACAGCCAUUUAUCUUGAGAUCAGCACCAUUUCAAGGCAAAGCUCCAACGAUUGUUACAAGUACAGGUCCCAUGUAUGUGCCACACCUACACAUCAGAGCUGGCUAUGAACACAUGCCAAUUCCCAUUCAGCAGCAUCACCAACACCCAUCAGAACUAGCGAGUUUUAGGCCAACAGUCUCUCCUCCAUCAGCUUUUGAUCCCUGCGCUGUAGGAGGUAGUACCAGGAGUGCAAACAUUAUGCAGCAUCUCCCGCCACACAAUCAUGCCAUGAUCAAUCUGCAUCAGGACUGUAAUGGACCGCAUCCAUUUCACCCCAAGCAUGUGUACCAUGGGAACCAUCAGACAGUUCUACAAGGGGCAGCUGGGCAUAGCAGCGACAUGCCACAGCAGUGGAGUUUCCUGAAAUUACCCGCCAUUGGGAACAUCUUUCAUUCUUUAAGCCCAAGUGAUUUGAGUCAAGGAGGUUCUAAGCAAGAUUCAAGUGAUUCAGGAACCCCAUCACCAGCUGAUUCAUCAUCCAUGACUCCCCCACUUUGGGAGAGCAGUGGAAGUAUGAUUAGUAACAGACAAGAUGAUGCACAUAUGCAGGAAACAAGUCCUACUAUGUAUAAAGGUUCAUCCAUGUGA